CGGGCCAGUCGUCAGUUCGAAUCCGAGUCGAGUGGAGGCAGCAAACGCGCAUCCGUAAUCAUUCUGUUGUUGUUGUUGUCGUUGUUCCUCAACUGAUAAGCAGACAUUUAUAAGAAGAUCGCACAAAGAUGAAAUCGCUGAUAGUAUUACUCGUGGCACUUCUAAUCCUAGCUUGCAACGUGCCAGCGCAGGGGCAGGAUGAGAAUGAAGCGGAAGAGAGCGAUGAGGCGCAAGAGAUUGAGGCAAGCAAAAAUAAACUGGCCGUACAGAUCGAGGCGCUGAUAGAGCACUACAAGCAAGAGGAUCCAGUUGGAUUGCCUGGUGCUCCCGUACCGGAUCCCAUAGAAGUGCCCGAUAUGGCCAAAAAUAUCGGCUUAAGCAAUCUAAACAUGAUGAAAGUGAAGGCAUACGGCCUGUCCAAAUUUCGCAUAGCCAGCAUCAAUGCAGACUUCAAGGAGAUGAUGGCAAAGGCGGGCGUACAGCUGGACGAGAUGCUGGUCAAGGGCAAUUACAUACUCAGCUCCUUCUUCUCCAAGACCAACGGACCGUUCACCGUGGUGCUGAAGAAGGUCUAUGUCCGAGGCUCGGCCACGCUUGGCGUGGAACGUGACGGCCAUCUGACCACGGAACAGAUUAAGAUGGACAUUACCUUUGGCGAAAUGGCCAUGGAUUUUCAGAAUCUCGGCUUCUUGGGCAGCGUAUUCCAGAGCGUCAUCAAUUCGGCGCCCAAUGUUGUGUUCGAUGCCAUGAAGCCGUUCAUGCUGCAGGAGGCGGACAAGCAAUUGCGUACGGAGAUCAAUGCGUUCAUUGAGAAGAACAUGGGUGAUCGCCGGAUGCCCAAUUCGAUAACGCCGCUGGACAGCGCCAUUGCCGAAGGCCGUAAGCUGGUGCGCCAAAAGGGCCUCGAUCCGUAUCAUGUGGCCGACAUGAAUCGCACUAUGGGCGUUUUUAGUGUACAGCUGUCCAACACCUGGAUCAAUGGCAUCUCUAGUUUCUAUCGCGUGGGCAACAUCACAGCUGCCAUGCAAAAUAAUACUGUCUCGCUGCGGCUGCAGGUGGGCACACAGCAGAUCACCGGCGCCGGGCAAUGGGAGCUGGGCUUUGGACUCGUGACGCGCGUCGGUCAUGUACAGUUUACAGUGCAGUAUAUACGUGCCACCGUUGAGAUUAGCCAGCCCCUGGACACACGGCAGCGACCUCAGAUUAACGAUUUGCAACUCGAUAUGGGCAACAUUCAGAUGCGCUGCGACGGCGCCGGCACCUUGGACUAUGUCAUGGAGUUUGGGGUGAAUGUGUUGCCCAAUCUGUUGCGCUAUCAGAUAAUGGAUGCCAUCGAGAAUCCCAUUAAGCAGCGUAUUCAGGAGAAAUUCAAUACCAUCGAUGUGGAGCAGGUCAUCAAACAGCAGGUCGAGAAAAGCGAAAAGGACGGCGGCAAUUUUGCCAUAGAUGUGAAUCUAUUCAAAAUGUUUUAGUUAUUGUUUUAAAGUUGUAUAGAGUUUUACUCUCCAAUGUAAGCAUUACUUUUGCUAAUUAAAUAUUUUCAAUUA